GACGUUAAGACGUACGCCCAGGAGCCGCUUGACAGGAGACGAUGGCCAAGGUCACCUUUAAGGUCACGCUCACUUCGGACCCGCGGCUGCCUUAUAAAGUGUUAAGUGUGCCUGAAAAUACACCGUUCACUGCUGUCUUGAAGUUUGCAGCGGAAGAAUUCAAAGUUCCUGCAGCAACAAGUGCAAUUAUAACAAACGAUGGAAUAGGAAUAAACCCUGCACAGACAGCUGGAAAUGUUUUCCUGAAGCACGGUUCAGAAUUACGGCUCAUUCCCAGAGAUCGUGUUGGACGAUGUUGGCCUGGGCUUGUGACAAAAGAAUAUAAAUAGUGGACAGCUUGAUCAGUAAGCAUCUUCACCUCAGACAAUUAGCCUCCCUUACCAUAAUGCAGAGUUAUCUUCCAAUUAUACUUCCCUGCAAAAUCACUGCACAGCAGCUUGUCUGCUAAGAAUGGCCUUGGAAGCUGGAUGUGCUGUCUUGCGUCUCUCAUCUGUUGGAAGUUUAACUGUAAGAGAGAGCUGUACCAUCUUCCUAGUGGGAGAGGACUUCAAAAUGGGAGCCUCUCUCUGGUAUCGGAAUAGUUGCUCCAAUCCAGUGAUUCCGUGCAGGUGUGGAGGCCCCAGGGCUCACGCAAAGUUCUGCCAUUUUGCUUUCCCAUUCAGUUAGAUGUAACAUGCUGUCUGUGGCCCUGUGCCAAAGUUUCUGAAGUGAACAGGAAAAGUCUGCUCAUUUUGUGAGCUUCCCAUUUGCAUUGGAGCACUGGAAUUGUGCUUUGGCCUGGAGACUUUAAUCUCGAGCUAUCAGAAUGUCUGUAACUAUUUUAAGAACAUCUUCACUUUGAUAGGCUUUUGUGGAGAACAAUGUAUGUACAUCAUUGUAUAAACAGGAAAACAUGAAAGUAUGGGAAAGUCAAGAACUCUGGCAUUUAUGGCAUUUGUCCCCACAGUGUCUGGUAUCUUUCAGUUAAACUCUUUGGAUUUGCACCUCUACCAAGAAUUUUGUACAACAUUCCAGCAAAAAUAACUAAAAUUAUUCAUUCAAAGGCUGUUGUUCUGUGAAGAGAAAUAACGCUGGUAGUCUGUGUUUAAAGUUACUAUACUUUUCUCCAUAGAAAUCACUGGCUUGUUUAUUUAAGGUGUCAUACUGUAGGUUCAAGAUUGCCUGUCUCUUACCAUGAAAUGCAUUACUAC